AUGAACUCGCGCCAUCAGUACCUGCACCCUGCGCCUCUGGCUACGGCCCACGAGGUUGACCACGGCCGCAUAGCCGGGCGAAUGUACUUCGCCACAUCAUCGACUAGUUACUUCGCCUAUUCAAACUCCCCCAUAUGCCCCUCCCAUGGGAAACGGACGGCGGUGUUGACAGCAGGCCGCACAGCAUCACGGUCCUCCUGGAUUGGCUUGGCAGACCGGGGAACUAUUCCCAAUGGUGCACCUCUCCCAGCAAGGCCCCCCUGGCCCAGGAAAUCCACCUGGAGAUGCGGAGGCUUGGCAUACACCAUCGAUCCCCCCACGGGCUACUACGAUGCCUGGGAGUAUGCCAAGCAAACCCCCAGCCAGCUCCAAGAGCGAUACCCCAAAGGAUACCUAUCGUUUGAAGUUCCUCUAGGCUACACCAACAUGAUCUGCCGGGACUGGCCCCGACUGGUGGAGAUCUUUGGCCCCCCCGAGAACCGCACUCGUGCAGAAGUUGUGCAACCACCAAUGACCACGCCAAUAACGACGUGGUCAGCCGCAUCGUCCCCACAAGUCCUCGAAUUUGUCCAGCGGGUCCGGGCCGACUACGACGCCAUGAUCGCCCAGACCGGCAGCUCUGUCUCGUGGGCGACGUACUUUAAGAACAAUACUACCUGUCGCGCCGAUUUCCCAAUGAUUGCGGGCUUCUCCAAUGCCCUCAUCAUCCGCCGAUAUCAGUCAUUAGUCCGCACCACCCCAAGGCCUCCCAUGCUUGGUAGUUCCAACACCAUAGCAUGA